ACCAUUUUCUACGUGCUCUAUAGAAACAUCACGCAAGGGAAUUCUCGGCGAAUUCAGGCUGAAGCUUUCAUCUGACCGGUCAAAUCAGGUCAUCCAUUAACGUGGAGCCCGAGGGGAGAGUGAUCCACAAAAGAUACCGAGACAAAGACACUUUCACGUAUCUUGGUUUUCGGUCGGUGAAAAUUAGGGUUUUCUAAAUGUCUUGUUUACGCCGGUAUUUGUCGUACAGCAUCUCUGAGCAGAACGAGUAUCCAGGAGUGGAGUUUUCCCUCCUCGCGGUCAGUGAAAGCACCGUCACAGGGGACGACAGCAGCGGCUUCUCAGUCUAUCUGCCCUCGGUGGCACUUAAUGAGAUUAGCUCUUCAUCCCUGUCUGCCUGAAAGCGGAGGGGUCAGUCUGUGGAUUAGCAUCUUGUUCAAGUCUUUCGUUACUUAAUUUUUUUUUUUAAACAUUUGCUUUUGACCUUGAUCCUGUUUUGUUUUUUUUUGAGGUUUCCUUUUCUAAAGACUAAAGACAAAAUGUUUUAGCUGCAGUUCAGUUUCAGGAGAGGACUGUACUUCAUGGCUGAAUUGCGGACUGAAUGAAGCGUCUUCGACCAGAUUGAAAAGUGAAAAGGAGCAGCCGACCAACAUCUGAGACUCUGCGCUAGUCUUCCUCAUGCCACUUGUAAAAAACAAAGUGGGAGAUGAUUGUACGCUCGGUAAAGACGAGGCUUUGGCUGAUGGAGAGGCUUUGGUGGAGUCUUUGAUAAAGGUGGUGGCGUGUUAUAGACACUUGGCGUCAUGCGUUGGUGGGUGUACGGACAGCCUGCAGCUGCGGGACGAACUGCGACAAACAAGAGAGAAGGCCCAAAAGUUGUCCGUCUCCAUCUGCCAGCACCUGACUUUACAUCUGCGAGACAAGAGCCUCCCUGAGGAGCAACGUAAGGAGAUGGAGCUCCUCUGGGUGGCGUUCUCCUCCAGCCUGGAGCUCUUCCAUGUCGACAUGUGCAAAGUUUUCAGAAUGAGCGCCAUCUUCUCACUGGAUGGUGAAAGUAAACUGGUGCAAAAUGGCUUCCAAGGGGGAGGUAGCGAGGUAGCAGCUCGUGCACUCAGUCUGCCAGACCUAAACCAGGCUGAGAGUCAAGUCCCAGCAGCCGGCCUGGAGAUCCAGGAGCAAGGCAUCAUGGAGCAGGAGAUCUGUCGCAUUGACCGCAUGAUCGAGGACAUGGAGAAGAAGGUUAACGUGCUACGCUGGAUGGUGGAACCUCACGGGCCGCAGUACCCAGACCCGGUGAGCAGUCCUGACAGUGCCUCUCUGGCUCUGCUCUCGGUGGAUGAGGAGCAGCCGGGAAACCAAUCACCGUGCACACGCCGUCAAGUUCUUGUGCUGUUCCUGCUGUUCGCCGUUGUUUUGUUAGCAACCGCCUUAUCAGCCAGCAUUGUCUUCUUUUCAUGAUCAAAACCUCCACAUGUUUCUGUAGUUUUUGUUUGCAUUAACGCGCACGGAUAAUAUCAGCAAAACUGACUACAUUGCAAGAUUUUUUAAACUAUAUUUUAAACAGUAAUUACAAAAUGCAUGUUUCCCCAUCAAUUCCAAGCAGGACAUUCUCCUCGUGAACAGAAGACCUUUAUUUUUUCCCUAAAAUUUCAAGCCAUGCUAUCUGUUGCUUUUGAAUUAAGAAUUGUUGUUCUCUGUGACCAAGCUAGGUUUCCCCACGCCACUGCUUUUCAGAGUAUUACCUUCGAUAUAACUCCGUGUCGCCCCCUUUUUACAGAUAUGCACUUACAUGGCAGAGAACCAGAGUAAAUUUUUUAAAAAAUAUGUCUGCAAAAGGUUUGUUCAUUUAACAAAAAAAUGUAUCAUUUUCUAAAAUUUAAAAGCAAUAAACUAAUUACAAACACCAAUGUGUGCUAUCUUGUUGCAUCAUGAUAAUUUUGAUAUUUCAUUUUAUCAUGAUUAUGAUAAAAUAAAUGAAUAUUCUUUUCAUUUUUAAAGUAUCCCCUGAUUUGAGAAGGCCUUUUUUAUUAGCUGCUAAUUAGUUUAACAGUGCUAAUUAGUUUAAUUUAUUAAUGCACACUUACACCUGUGUAAUUUAUAAUAUCCGUAUUUUUAAGAAUGAAUGCCGUGGUUUUACAGUUAUAUCACUCACAAGGACUAAAUUCCUAAGAAUUAUCCUGGGUGCCAUUUUAUUUA